AUGAAAUUUAUUAUAUUAUUAGUAUUCAUAUUCAGUGUAAAUGGUGUAAUGCUAAGAAGUGUAAAGGAUAAGGUGACUGAGAAUGUGAUUUAGGUAAAUAUGAUUAAUAUUUAUAAAAGUAAAUAAGAGAAUAAGUAAAGAAUCCUUAAUCUGAAUAUUACAAUUCAGCAUAUAAUAGAUUAGCAUAUUAUGUAGAUACAUUUGGUCCAAGAAUGUGGGGUUCAGAGAAUAUGGCUGAUGCAGUAGAUGCAUUGUAUACGGAUAUAGAGAGAAUGGGAUUUGAUAAUGUGUGGAAAGAGGGUUUAGAGAAUAUCACAUCUUGGGAGAGAGGAGAAGAGAGUGUUACAUUAUUGGAUCCAAGAACAAUACCUUAGAAAUUGAAUAUGAUAGGAUUGGGAUGGACACCAGCAGGUACAGCAAUAGGAGAAGUGGAAGUUGUUCAUUCAUUUGAGGAAUUAGAAGGAAAGGAUGUAAAAGGAAAGAUUGUAUUAUUUAAUUUUGAAUGGAAUGGAUAUGGAUCAGCAGUAGCUUAUAGAUAUGGAGGACCUGUGAUGGCAGAAAAAGCAGGAGCAAUAGGUACAAUGAUAAGAAGCGUCGCUAGUGUAUCAAUUGCAUCACCACAUACAGUAUUUAAAAUUUUAAUGUUAAAAAGGGAAUGACGGAUUAUUAAAAUAUUAAAAAACCUGCAGUUGCAAUAACAGUUGAAGAUGCUGAUAUGAUAGAUAGAAUGAGAAAGAGAGGUUAAACUGUUAGGGUAGAAAUAAAAACAGGAGGUAGAUAAUAUCAAACAAGAAGUGAUAAUAUACUUGCAGAAAUUAAAGGGUCAAAAUAUCCAGAUGAAAUUUUAUUAAUGGGUGGUCAUUGGGAUUCAUGGGAUGUUGGAUCAUAAACUGGAGCUAAUGAUGAUGGAGGUGGUGUUAUUGUAUGUUUGGAAGCUUUAAGAAUUUUAAAAUAAUUAGGAAUUAAACCUAAAAGAACUAUUAGAUUUAUUGCUUGGAGUGGAGAAGAAAUGGGAUAAAACAAUAAUGGAGCAUCUCAUUAUGCUAAACAUCAUGGUACAGAAAAUCAUAUCAUUGCAUUCGAAUCUGACAUUGGAUCCACUAAACCUUAUGGAUUUGGAAUUACCGCUGGAUAAUAAUUCACGUAAUUAUUAUUUCUAUUAUUUUAUUAGUUAAUUGGUCACCUAUUUAGCUUAAUAAUAUUUAACUGGCAUUGGAGCAGAACGUGUCUAUCCUAAUGAUGGUGAAUCUGUUGAUAGUGGAAUCUUAGCUGAAUAAACUGGAACUCCUAUGUUAAAUGUUAGAAUUGCUGAUAAUCAAAAUCAUGAUUUCUAUUUCACCUAUCAUCAUACUGCUGGAGAUUCUAUGUGGAUGAUGAAUCCUCAAGAUAUGGAUGAUAAUGUUGUUGCUAUUGCCAGUAUCAUGUAUUUGAUUGCUGAUAUUGAUGGACCUAUUCCAAAGGAUUGAUUAAUU